CCAUGUAAAUGACGCAGGCGAAGCGCGUGACUGUGGCCUGUUGUGUUCCAGAAGCUCCACGGCUGUGACCUAGAGGCGGACACAAUACGGGCAAAGCUUGGGGUAAAUCUGCAACUCCAGUAGGCGGGGGAUGCCAAGUACAGCCAUGAAGAAAAAGGUGCUGUUGAUGGGAAAGAGUGGGUCUGGUAAGACCAGCAUGAGAUCCAUUAUUUUUGCAAACUACAUUGCCAGGGACACAAGACGCCUUGCAGCUACAAUUGAUGUGGAGCAUUCACAUGUCCGGUUCCUGGGAAACCUGGUCCUGAAUCUAUGGGACUGUGGUGGCCAAGAUACGUUCAUGGAAAACUACUUUACAAGUCAGCGGGACAACAUAUUCCGUAAUGUGGAAGUUCUCAUUUACGUCUUUGAUGUUGAAAGUCGGGAAUUGGAGAAAGAUAUGCAUUACUACCAGUCGUGCCUGGAAGCAAUUCUUCAAAACUCUCCUGAUGCCAAAAUUUUUUGUCUUGUCCACAAGAUGGAUCUUGUGCAAGAGGAUCAGCGUGACUUGAUUUUUAAGGAACGUGAAGAUGAUCUGAGGCGCUUGUCACGUCCUCUAGAGUGCACAUGCUUUCGGACCUCCAUCUGGGAUGAGACUUUGUAUAAAGCAUGGUCAAGCAUCGUGUACCAGCUGAUCCCUAAUGUACAACAACUAGAAACCAACUUGAGGAACUUUGCUCAGAUUAUUGAAGCUGAUGAGGUGCUAUUGUUUGAAAGGGCUACAUUCCUAGUGAUAUCCCACUAUCAAUGUAAAGAACAGAGGGAUGCACACAGAUUUGAAAAAAUCAGUAAUAUCAUUAAACAAUUUAAGCUAAGCUGCAGUAAACUGGCAGCAUCUUUCCAAAGUAUGGAAGUUAGAAACUCCAAUUUUGCAGCAUUCAUUGAUGUCUUUACAUCCAACACCUAUGUGAUGGUAAUCAUGUCAGAUCCAUCUAUACCUUCUGCAGCUACACUUAUCAAUAUUCGUAAUGCCCGGAAACACUUUGAAAAGCUGGAGAGAGUGGAUGGUCCUAAACAUAGCCUUUUGGUUCGCUGAAGGGCAUCCUUAUUAUGGAUUAGAUAUCAAAUGGGUGUAUAGUAACUUGAUAUUUCCUGAUAUAAUUCUUUAUAUCGUGUCUGUUUUUGAGUAACUUGCUGCAGUUGUCACAUUUUUUGUGACUUUAAACAUCUUGCCAUGUAAUUUGUGUCAUUUCUAAAUGCAACAGGUCCUGUUCAUUCCAGACACUGCUUCAGUGCUCUCACUAUUUUUUUAAAAAAAAGUUUAUCUGGUUCCAUCUUGAUGAUACUUCAUGCAGGAUCAGCAACAUUUUGAAAAGUGCUCUGGUGAUUAUGUAAUUUCAAGAUAUGUCUUUGAAUUCUGCAUGCAAAAUAUGCCUCGUCUCUCUUUCUGACCUGUUUUCUUUAUCCCCGGUGAAAGGGAAGUUAAGCAUAUUGUAUGUGUCUGUGAUGAAAACUUCCAUAUUUGUGAUAUGACUUUAUAGAUACAAAGAUAAUCAAUUCAGUAAUAUUCAUAGUGAGAGUGCUGAAACAAAUGCCAGUUACUUUCUUCUGUUUGCACCCCUCUGAAGUUUUUGUUUGUAAAAUGUCAUUUAAUGUGCUGUAUACUUUUUUUAAAAAAAGUAUGUUUUUUGUAAAACCUGAAUUAUGGGUGGUCUGUUGCAUCGUUGAAUUCUCUAUAUUCACAGUUGUACUGGUUUGGGAUGAGCUGAUGAGACUUCCCAUCUUCCUCUUCAUACUCCUACAGCGGCAGAGAUUUAAAAAAAUUGUAAUUCUAACGACUACACUUGCACAGUCCUCAUCUUGAUGUGGCAUCAAUUCUCUGCCUUUCCUGUGUGUUUUUUUUAAAAAAAAUAGUAUUUAAUAAAAUCUAUUUCAAAGUCAAA